GACGAAACAACACCAUGGAAAGGUUUCACAGGUCUCCGUGAAUCACUUUUCGCCGAAACUUUCCUCGUUCGACUUGCGGCGAGCUAAUCUGAACCGGUCCUUCGCCUUCGAGCGAAGUCGCGAAUUUGCGGCAUGGCGAGGACGGAAACGGACGUAAAUUGCGCACGGUUUCCUCCCACGAGGUUCACGUUGCACGAGUGGCAUCUCGACAAUCAGUUCAGGUAUCGAUGUUCCGAGGCGCAGCGGGAAUUGUCGGAUCGGCUCUUGGCCGAUGCGACGCUCGCGCGCGAAUCGGCCAAGGAGAUCGUGAGGGCGAACAAGGAGGAGACGGAUCAUCGAUUGCUGGAGAAGCUCAACGACGUUGAAUUUCGCAAGGAGGAACUGCUGCGGAUAAGGAAGGAGAGCGUCCUGGAGAUCGACGCGCUGUCCGUGUACGAGGACAGGAUCGCGGACGUGCUCAAGUCCGUGAAUAGAAACGCUCUCGCGAUCUGCGAGAAGUGUCUUGUUGCCAGGGAACGUAGACUGGGCAUCGACCUGGUCCACGACGACGUCGAGAGGAGCCUGUUCCGGGAGCGCGAGGUGAUACAGGAAGCGGAGGAUUUGCUGGGUGGAAUCACGAAGGAGGCUCGCGAGCGGAUCCGCAGAUUGAAGGCCACGUUGUAUCACAUCGAUCGCGAUCUCGAGAAUAAGGACAGCAAUUUAUGUAUCGAUCGGCGCAACGUGACUCUAAAGGAGACCGAUUUCAAUCUGAGUGACUACCACGGUACCUGGUGUCUCGACAAAUCGGUGGCGUUGAACGAAUGGGAACUGCAGACGAAUAGCAACGUUAUCGAUGCGAAUAGAGAAGUGAAUGGCGCAAAGCAGCUACGCUGUCACAUCGAUACGGUAAUUAAGCAAACGAUCGACGACUUGGAUAGACAGAAGAACGCCACUAACGAAGCUUUCAGGCAGCGUAUCGAGCAGACCCGAGAAGCCAAAACCAAAUUGGAACUUCAGCACUCGGAGAUAAUAAAACAAAUUGCCGCCAUGUUGAGCAAUAUCACGCAUAUGAAAAAGUCCAUAGCUGAUAAAGACGGAUACAUGGCCCUGGCUCACACGAGGCUAAAUAAUCGUUGUCAACGUCCAGGAAUCGAACUUACUCAGGACCUGGUCGAAGCCAAUCUCGUGAAGGAGAUACACGAAUUACGGAAUGUCGCGGCAAAUCUCCAACGAAUGCUUUACGAGGCAGAGGCAUCGCUGCGCUACUUGCUCAAGACGCAGAUUCAACUCGAAGAGGACAUCAACGUGAAGACGAAUACUUUGAAAAUUGACGAGGUCGAAUGCAUGACUUUACGUCAGAGUAUAAAUUAUCAUGCCUAUUAAGGAGCUAACAUCUAGGCAUCUAUAAGCUUUGUACUCGCAAUAUUUGCGUCUUUUCAUCCCAAGUGUGAUGCACUUUCUAGCCAUCAAGAUUUUUUAUGCCACAUAAAUUUGCAAAUACGUGAAAAGGAUACGCGAUCAAAUUAAAAGCAUGACAAAUAAAAUUCCCGGGGCUCCUCACCGCAGCUAAACCACAAUUAGUGUGACGUUGUACGUGGAAUUUUUUUUAUACCGACAAGAACUUAGUUCAUAUCAGUUUCUAACAUAAUUAAGCCACGUAGCUUGCUAGCCUAUUUGCAUUUCUGAAGCUAUUAAAAGAUUUCUUAUCACGCUAGUUCUGACAAUAUAAAGUUUAUCUUGCAAAAAAUUCCAUGUAUGAAUAUUCUAAUGAUGCGGUAGAGAUGAAUUUGUGGAUACUCCGCGAAAGAGAACAAGAAGACAAAAGUUAUUACGAAAUGGGGUCGUGUACCAUCGACACUUCUCGCGCUUCUUGUCGGUGCAGCCGCAGUCACGCGUACUUGCAAUCUCUCCUUUCCCUCUCCUCGUCGGAAUAAAGCGAAAACUAUGGCGAAUAAGCGAAUAGACGGUUUCAAGAACCGGUACACGCACGUGAAACGAGGGAGGGAGGACGCUUUCAUGAGCGGCAUAACCGACUUGCCGUUGCUAUUUCAUUUUAGUCCGCGCGCUAACAGGAAUCGAAUCGGUCAGCGGAUGUGCACAGGUACACCUGUUCCGUU